GAGCAGGAGAGAUUAAGACAGUGUAUAAUCCAUAGCACCUUGGUGUCCAAUUUCAUAAUGUAUACUAAGUAACAGGGCUGACACACCUUGGUUGGGAACCUGGGGCUCACCAAAAUUGUUCUCAAUUGAGCCCCGCACCUCCUAAGGCCGGCCCUGCCCGGCCACUCUCAGGACCCACCGGCGGCCCGGCCUGGCUGACCACUCUCACCAUCCAUCAGUGGCCCGGCCACUCUCGCGACUCACCGGCGGCCCGACAGCCUGACCAAUCCUCCACAGCAUCCUUCGGCCUACCGAUAAGCCCGACCGAUCAACCCACUGACCCUAACCCUAAUCCUAACCCUAGCUCUACAUUUGUUAUUUAUCAUUUUUAUGUAACAGUUCACAUCAUAACUUUAUAAAGAUAAAUCAAUUGAAAGACAAAAUGAUCAGCAAUGUUAGCAUUACCUUUAUUCCUUGGAAACCUUUUUAUUGUUUUGAUGUAAUUAGGAAGCAGCCAUGAUCCCAGGGUCCUCGCUACCUAGCGACCAUAAAACAAAGCGCGGGAGUGGUCAAUUUGCAUCCAACCUCAUUGUCAAACGUGCAUUAAUUGUACAAUUACUACUCGGAAAAUUUAUAGUUUUUCUCAUAUUUAAUAAAAAUGCAAAUUUUGGUCGUGACGAUAUUUUUACACAAUAUGUUAAAAAUUCAGGUAGUUCCGUGAGUUGGGUCAUGAACUUGAACGAAAAAGCUCCUCGGCCCACAGCCUAAUUGAAAAGGACACACUGGAAUUCUUCAACCUGUCUGAACUGACACAAGUUCCAAGUGGCAAUUUCCUCAUUGAGAUGGCAAGCUGAACUUUGCUGCUGGACUCCAAGUGGAGGCCUUUGUUGUCCAUUCAAGCGCCCUCUAGCAAAAUCACAUUAAACAAAACUAAAGCUGUCUCUGCUUCUGCCAAGAACAAGCCUUGACCCCGUUUUCAAAAGAGACCAUGUAUAAGAGAGCUCUCAGCACCCAGUCUUUCUUCUAUCACCUUUGGAAACUUUUAUUGCUGUUUAUCAACAUGAAGACCAAAGUUGUGCUAAUGAAAGUCAAAGAAGCCAUUAUGUGACUGAGAAGCAAGAAUAAAACUGUUAGGGACAUCAGCCAAACCUUAGGCUUACCUAAAUCAAAUGUUUGGAACAUCAUUAAGAAGAAAGAAAGCAUUGGUGUAGCGUUGUUACAAAACCUACCAUCAGCGGCGCUGCAGAUCUGCCACUGCCUGUGCCUGCGAUUCCGGAGGCUUUGUAGGAGGGGGGCUGAUGAAGAAAAUCCAUUCUGCGAGCCCGACCCCGCUUUAAAAUAAAAGUCGCUGGUCGAUUGCGUCGCUAGAUUGAACUUAAACGCAACUAAAAACGCCUUCAACAUCAUGGAUCGCAAGUGCAGGACAAAACAAAAGGUAUGUCGUUUAUUUAACAUAUUAUCGUGCUUUUUGGUGUGGCUUCAUUUUAAUCUGCUGAUGCGAAAAAUGUUAUUUGGGCCCCGAUACAAAUUGGCCAUGUCUUGCUCAUGGCUUAAAUCAUGGCAGCGGCAACAUUCCAAUCGAUCACAUUCCAGAAACAUGGUGUGUGUGCGGGUGUAUGUCGUUUUGCCUUUAAAACGUAUCUCCUCGAAAACCAGACGCAAAAAUGCAGAGAUUUUUACAAUUUCGGUAGGGUUUUAACAUGAUUUCAUAAAUGCAUCUCUCUAGAUUUGGUCAAUUAUUUCCCCAGAUUUUGAAUAAAAUUGCUCACAAAAUAUCAAAAAAAAAUUAAAUCAAAUUGCCGCAUGAGGCACAGUGCCACCUCAUAGAUGUCCAAUCACAAUGGAUCUCAUUUACAUAUAUGACAUCACAAUGGGACAGGGGUGUGAGAUUGGAACCUUCACAUGGUCCAACUAAAAUCAAACUGCUGCAUGAGUCACAGUGCCAUCUCACAGAUGUCCAAUCACAAUGGAUCUUAUUUACGAGGAUGUUACCUCGUGGUGGAUGUUAUGUACCGUGGUUCUCCGCUCCGGCUGAUUAAUGUGUAUGCCUCACCCGUGUGGAGCGAGCGGCUGGCCGUUCUCCAGCAGCUCCCAGUGCUGUUGGCCACGUCCCGGCAGCUCGUUCUGGCCGGUGACUUCAACUGCAUCAUUGAUGCGGCUGGACGAUCCGGCAGUGCUGACAACAGACUGGACAUCACGUCCAAGUUCCUGAUGGAAAUGGUAAAAGACGCAAAGCUGCACGAUGCCUUCAGCGACCCUGCAGGUGGGUCCCAGCCGCGGUUCACCUGGUCGAGAUCGGACAGUUCAGCCCGGUCCCAGAUAGACUUCGUCUUCACGACGAAGGCUGUCACGGUGAGACACACCGACCUCACGCCGGUGUUCUUCUCUGACCACUGCCUCCUUCAGGCUUCCUGUCACCUACAGGAGGACCAGAAGGCAGGCAGAGGGACGUGGAAGUUAAAAGUGAAGCUGUUGACCCCAGAGAACGUUGAGGAGCUAAAGAGGGACUACGCUCGUUGGAGAACGGUGAGGCCCCUCUUUGACUCCCUGACACUCUGGUGGGAAGCACCCAAGGAAAACAUUAAGAGGUUCUUCAUAGUUAAAGGGGUUUAGAGAGCAAGACAGAGUCAGAGGGAAUUGUGCCAACUCCAGACAGAUUUGCAACAACUGCUCCUUCUGCAGUCGAGGGGGGUGGAUGUGAGGGAGGAACUUAAGAGAGGUGAAGGACCGGCAAGCUCGGCUCUUUACCUCUGAAUCCUCCGAGAUCAUCUUCCGAUCCAGGGUCCGCCAUGUGGAGCAGGAUGAGACGUGCUCACGUUUCUUCUUCCAUAAGGUUCACAGGGGGAGCUCUGUGAUCAACAGCCUUAGGGAGGAGGACGGCUCGGUAGCAUCCUCGCAGACAGACAUGCUGAGGGUCUGCAAAUCCUUUUACACGGAAUUGUAUGACAGAAAGGCCACAGACAGCACCGCCUCCCAGAACUUCCUGUCCUCUAUCACGGAGGUCUUGGAGGACAGCAAGCGGGAGAGUCUGGACCAACCA